CUGUCUCGACCAAAGUUUCAACAUAACGUCUGCCUAUACAGUCAUAUCUCAUACUGACCCUCCCUCUCCUGCAAACAACCUCCGCACUCGACAACUCAGCAAACAUGGCCGGCGAUCCACGAGCGCUGCUGCGACAGGCAGAAGCAUCGUUGCAGAAGGCAUCUGGCGGCUUCAGCUUCUUCAGCAACAAGCAAGACAAGUAUGAGGCAGCCGCAGAUCAGUUCAUCGCUGCAGCAAAUGCGUUCCGGAUGCAAAAGAUGGGCAAGGAGGCAGGCGAGGCUUUCGAAAAGGCGGCAUCAGUACAACGUCAGAAUCUGAACGAGCCUGAUGACGAAGCAAACACGCUUACAGACGCCUUCAAGGCCUACCGCAAAGAUGACCCAGAAGCAGCUGCGCGGUGUCUAGACAAAGCCAUUGCGCAUUACUGCAGCAAGGGCAACUUCCGCCGUGCAGCCACCCACAAGCAGAACCUUGCAGAGCUCUACGAAGUCGAGCUCGGCGACAACACCCGAGCUGCAGCCGCAUACGAGGAAGCGGCUGGCUGGUACGAGAGUGACAAUGCUGAAGCACUUGCCAACAAGCUUUGGCUCAAGACCGCCGACCUCGUCGCUCUAGAAGGCAAGGACUACUACAAAGCCAUCGAAAUUUACGAGAAGGUUGCCAGAACCUCGAUUUCUAAUAACCUUAUGCGCUGGUCCGUCAAGGAGUACCUACUCAAGGCUGGUAUCUGCCAGCUAUGCACAGGCGACCAGGUCGGUGUCAACACUGCGCUUGACAGGUAUAGAGAGCUGGACCCAAGCUUCCAGCAGCAAAGGGAGCACGCACUACUUGUUGACUUGGCGGCUGCAGUGCAAGACGGUGAUCAGGAGGCGUUUUCUGAGAAGUUGUUCAAUUUUGACCAGCUCACUAAGCUUGACAAGUGGAAGACUACACUUCUAUUGCGGGUCAAAAACACGAUUGAAGAAGGAGGCGAGGACUUCUCGUAGAAAUUGGUCGUUGUAGAGGUAUUUGCUACUCAUGACUCUGGUUUGCUUUUGUGUACGGUAUAGACACACCUUGCGUUUAGGUCUUGCGAUAAAAUGAGAUCCAACAAGAUCGCCUGAAGGCUGGAUAAUUAACUGUGUGGUUGCUGCUACUUACACGAAAUGUAUAGUGACGGUAACUACAACGAGACUUUGAUGAACUAAACACAUUACAGUCCUCUGUUAGAAAGAAUGGUGGCCUGCACACAUGGACUUCAAGGUUAGCUUAGACUAGAUGAAAGACAUCAGUAGUGGCAAUAUCACGAUUGCAAGC